AACAAAGGCAGGAGUGUUGGUCCCGGUGUCAAUUUUCGGCUCUUGGUUCUUUAAACCAUGUGCGUUUGGCUGCCAGCCCCCGGAGGAACUGCAUACAAAUAUUGACAGAACACAGUGGCAUUUGUUAAGCUGGAACUUGGGAAGUGAGCGAUUAAAACUCUAGAGGAAGAUCUUAGCACUUCAGACCUUCCCUUCUCUCUCCCCCUCUCCCCUCCACCCCUCAUCUUCACAGCUUUCACAGAGUGAAAGUGAAAAUGCUGAGCUUAGCCAAACAGGAGCGGUGACCUUUUCUUCUGACUUGCUCUAGUGAAAAUUGCGAAUACUUGGCAUUUCCAAAAAAGAACAUUAUGGAUAAAAAGCAGCAACUAGUAAAAAAGGAGUUUGGGAAGAGAUUCUCUCUGGAUAGCAGACUCAUGGAGUACAUGGACUCAAAUAAAUACAUAGAUUACUUGCUAAAUCAACUGGAACAACAGCGCUGGAAGUUGUGGAAGGAAAAGUUGUCUGUGGCUCGGCUACAGCAAGAAGUUGCCCGCAGUAAGAGUGACGGAACAAUGCGUGAAAAGCUGGUACAUGAGUUGGAGGAAGAGCGACAUUUGAGAUUUGAAAGUGAAAAAAGACUACAAGAAAUGACCCUGGAAUCUGAGCGCCACAGGGUUCAAAUGUGUGGACUGCAACAGCAGUUUUCAAGAAUGGAAGAAACAGUGAGGAACCUGCUACAAAGUCAAGGAUUAUCUGAGCCCAAUGGAGAAGAAUCCGUGCCCAUAUUAAAAUCAUAUCAGGAAACAUUAAUGCAAGAGGGCAAGCAGUGCAAAACAGGAGUGGAAGACAUUUGCAUGUCAGAUAAACAUUCAAGGAGUGAAAACAACAGCAGCGAAGAGGAAAGAGACAAAACAAAAUUACUCUUGGAACGGCUGAAGGCUCUGGAGGCAGAGAAUUCCGCACUGGCUAUGGAAAAUAAAAAUCAGAGAGAGCAGUAUGAAAGAUGUCUUGAUGAGGUAGCCAACCAGGUUGUACAAGCGCUGCUUACUCAGAAGGAUUUGAGAGAGGAAUGCUUGAAGUUAAAAACAAGAGUUUUUGACCUGGAACAACAAAACCAAACACUAAAUGUGCUAUUCCAGCAAAGAAUGAAACCAACAUCUAGCGUACUGUUUCAGGAAUGCCAGCAGAAUAUGAAAUCUGGAAUUCCUGCCUUGAAAUGCCAGAAUCAGUUAAAUGGGAUUGGACCUCACCAAGUUUAUCCUCGAAGCAGUUGCAGCAGCAGUGAACUCUCCUUGUCUAGUGCCUGCAGUGAAUAUUCCAGCAGUUCCUCCUGGAACGAUGGGAAAGCAUGCAAGAAAAAGUCAGUAAGCUGGGAUAAAAGGAUAAGUAUAGGCUCCAGCCCUGCCGAUGACGUACCUCCAACUCGUAUCAAGGAAAACCACAUUUUGGACGGGCUGAAGAAGCUGCAAAAGCAAAAAAAACCAUUAGAACCUCCUUCGGUUAUAUCCAAAUGGGGCUAUAAAGAUUGCAUGGAUUCUAACGAAGGAAUCUAUUCUCCUGGAAUUAAGUAUGGCGCUCAUAAAGAACAGGCCAGUAGCAGGCCUGAGAUGGAGGCAGCUUGCCUAGAUCACCCAAAAACCUUUGUGUAUGAUUCUGAUUCCCACGAGGAUGUGGAUGAUGAUUCUUCAUCUUUAGCACUACUGCAUGAAGUACCAAGGAAAAACUGUUGGCACUACUGUAAUAAGUUAACUCACAGUGUUUCUGACAGCUUAUUUGGCUGGGAACCCGAUAGAAAGCAUUUAUCAGAAAUAAGGUCUUACUUUAAUUCAAAGGAAAAACCCGAAAAACUGACUAGUUUUGUCAAUGGAUUUCAGUUGGGUGCAAAAUCAUGCAGGGAUAUGAAGCUGCCUGUGCUGCAGAUAGAUAAAAGCCUUUCCAGCGUAAGCUGGAGAGACCUUAAUUUACACCUUUCAGAUACUGAUGACAAUGAAAUCCUUGAUGAAUUACAUGUAGAGAGCAGCGACGAGAAAAACCCGUCGCCGUAUUUGUCAUUAGCACCCUUUGCAGAAAAGAACGCCGAGAGCUGUGGUGUGCUUGGGGAGAAAGAAAACAUUCAGCUGGCAUCUUCUGAAAAACAAGCCCCUCCCUCAGACAUCAGGACAAAAGCAUGUAAUUUUAUCAAGCAGCAAAAAAUUAUAAAGAAGACUUCUUCAGAAGAAUGUAUUACUGUAAUAUUCGAUGCUGAAGAUGGCAAACCUAUUGAAUUUAAUUCACAUCAGGCUGGAAUUGUUACUGUAACUAGAAAUGAAAUUUCCAUUCACCAGCCUUGCGAUGCAGAAAAUACUACGUGUUUAUCUCAGGGAGUAUCUAAUUUGCAGAAAGCAAUAGAUGCUAAAAGCUGCCAUGUUAUGCAAAUACCCAUUAAUAAAGCAGAGAGAAAAACUCCCCCAAAUGAUUUCAAGGACGACUGUGCAAAUGUCCCUACUCCCCAUGUCAGAGAUUGUCCCAUACAUUUUGGAAAACCACUGUGUCAAAAUAUCUCUCAACAAAAAUUAACCAAGCCCGCAUGCAGUAUUUCUUCUAAUUUGAGCUCCCCGUCUUGUAUCCAGGGAGGUAAUAAUCAAAAACACAGGUUAACAAGAGUAUCCAGCAGAGACAAGUUUUUACCACAGACAGCAAAAGCGGCCAUGCCUGAAAACUGUCCUUUAGUCUCUUCCCCUUGCUUUAAGACCUUGGAUAAAGGUCCACUCUCCCCUGCAAAAUGGUCAAGAAACAAAAAGAUGCCGAAUCCAAAUCAGAAUUCAAAAGUAGGCUUGAAUAACUGCAAGAUGUUAGCCUAUCCAGAAACUAAGAAUUUGCUCUCGGAAUCAACUGCCCUCCCUCAGCAUCUUCUGGAGCCUGUCCAUAGUGAAGAGAAACCAACCAGAGAUGUCCAUUGUGAGAGGCCACCAGUGGAGGCCAGAUCUCCUCCCCCUCCCCUUCCUCCUGGCAGAUCAGCUUCAGUCUUAAUUAGACCACAUUAUGAACAUUCACCCCCUGCUCUUGACCAACCAGGAGCAGGUUUUCUUAGCGAUACAAGAAAAGAUGUUCAGUUGUCGCCACAGAAAGGAACUUCACUGUCUGUUUGUCACAAUGUCGCUCUUCAUGCAACAAAAACUGAUAAACUGCCUGCCACACCUCAAGUUGAAUUCAACCACUUUCAGGACAAGGGAGACGGCAAAUGCAUGUCAGAAAAAUCCCCUGUCACAAGCCAAGUGUCUUCCAAGAUUUUCACCAAGAAAAUUUGUCCACCAAAUUUGAACUUGCCCAUGUUUUACAGCAACCAAGAACUGUAUAAUUCCAAAGCUGUCCCUACAACUUUCACAACACAAGAUACCAGCUCCCUGUCUCAGGAGACUGCUGUACCUCAGAAACCAAAGUUUCCUGAGAGUUUCUCCACUUCACUGGAGCAUCACAUAAGUACGGUUGGGGAACAGAGUGUUCUGCCUCAAAUUAACCCUUCUCCAGUUCCAUUGUUAUCUCAGGUCAGGGAUGAUGGAAACUUGUCUGGCAAGGUCCUGAAACCCCAUCUGUCUGUGGGACUGAAAUUAUUCAUAACAUCUCCCCGCUUUGUCAGAAAGAGUUCCACUGUGCCAGGAAAGCAGGAAAAAGACUGUAUGAAUGCAGCCUCUAAAUGCAGCGUGAAUUCAGAUAAACAGAGGCAAGGUGAAUCUUCACCUCAAACCACUAUAGACCUAAUGGACCCUGACGAAUGGAGCCCAGAGCCCCAAAUAAAGGAAAGUUUCUCAAAGAAAACCAAAAUGGACCCAGCUUUCCCUAUUUCCCCUGAAACUUGCAAUUUGAUAGAGCCGGACAGAUUUGAAAACAAAUCUGUUAAAAGAUCCAUUUCUUCUAGUAAUAAAGCAUACCUGAAGCCAGCUCUUGGUAUGACUGGAGCCAAGGCCCGUAGUCAGAGUUUCAGUAUUUAUACUGAAGAACUAUUGCAUGCACCUUCCCCAGAACGGUUGGGAAAAGUGAGAACACAGAUUAUAACAAAUACAUCAGAACGAGGGAAUUCUUUAACCCGGCAAAACUCGACAGGGGAGGGAUUACAAAUGAAGUUUGUUUCCGAAUCGGCUGGGACAGCAGAGGCGGCUCCUGCGGUUUCUUGCACUCGGCCAGGCGCUUGUGCAAAAGUGAGUGGUUCCAGUAGUCAGACGAGCAACCCAAGCAAGCUGCCCUUUCGAACGUCUCCGAAAGGAGAUCUGUGCACCAGUGUUUUGAAAAGGGGGAUCCACAAAUCAGCAUCCCAGAGUGAAGUUCCAGAUACACCUGGCCAAGAUGAAGAAAGCAGUGACAUUUCCAAGAGUCAGUCAGCAAUGGAAAAAAGUGUUACCCAAACAGAAAUCAACCAAACCACUGUUUCCCCAGGCCAAAUUUUCCCAUUUCAGAAAAACAUGGACAGGAUUGAGCGUCAUCAUAAAACCGAAGGAAGCAAGGCAGCAUUGCCAGAAACCUGUUUAAGUGGUCCCGAAACCUCUGGAAAGGCUUCGCUUUCAAUCAUCUCACAUCCUACAAUAGAAGAAAAAGUGAUGUUGUGCAUCCAAGAGAACAUGCAGAAAGGACAAGGGCAAAACCCAUCUGGCCCUGAGAUGAAACCAAAAAAUGGGGGCCCUUCUCUUGCCAGCUGGUUUGGUUUCCGCAAAAGUAAACUCCCAGCCCUGAACAGCCGAAAAACGGAUACCUCAAAAGUCAAAAUGGAAAAGAAAGAGACGAAAAAUUCCGCUUUUGGAAGUAAGCAAGCAAAAUCCGAAAAAAGGAAAGACAAAAAGAAAAGCGAGCAACCCUGUGAAGCUGAAAACGAGCUGAACAGGAAAACUUCUGUCCUUUUAGAUGGUGCUCCCAAAGGAAAAAAAUUGGCAAAAGCUGUACAUGGUAACCCAAGCCAAGCAAGAUCCGAACAGAAAAGCAGCCCUACUGCCACCUACUCAGGAAAAGACAACUUCAUGAAAGAGCUUUUACACAGAGUUGAUAAGAAGGCAGCCCAGCAGACAGAAAGUGGAUCAAAAAAUGUUUCCUACAGGAGCGUGUCGAAGAGCAUAUCCCAGGGUUUCCCUCUUCCCAGCAACUCUGUCAAUACUCAGAGAAACCAGAAGAAAAACAGCAAAACAAAGGUUGAUAUAGAAAUACCAAACGAGGUCUUGGUCAAGGUAGUGAGAGAAAACUUUCAAGAGGAUGUAGAAGAUAACCUCCCAGAUUCAAGAAAUCAAAGCCAUUUAAUAGAAUCCUGCUGCCAAAUGAGAACCUUGGACAGUGGAAUAGGAACCUUUCCUCUUCCGGACUCAGGAAACCGUUCGACGGGCCGACACGUUUCUAAACAAGGACUGGAUUUAGAAAAUGAAGAUUUCACGUCACCCAAGCAACCUUUUCCUCAGGCUCCAUCUGAGAAAGCCCAAACCCUAGAACGUGAAGUGCCUUCAACAACUAAUAAAAGCCCGGGAUCUGUCGAGAGUGUAAUUUCUCAUUCGGCAUCAGAUCCCAUGAUGGCUGAUAGAGGUGUGCAGGCUUUGAAGAGUCAUCUUCCAAAAGCAGCUUCUUCAGGAGUAACAAGUCCUAUGGAAAACAACAGUCAAGAAUCAAAUUGUUUGGCUUCAGGAUCAUUAGAUGAUUUAGAGAAAGAAAAAAGUAGCAACGUAAAGAUGUUUCCAGACUGGAGCAGCAAGAAUGUUAUCAAAGCCAAGGACAGGGCACUGAGGGUGUGCACUUACUCUGCUAGCAGUAGCAGUGAUACCGAAAUGGAGCUAGAGCAUGAAACAAAUGGUUUUGGAACUGGAGGGGAAAUGUUGGUAGAUUUAAUGAAGAACAACAAACAAGAAAUUGAAGCAACCUGAGGAAAUGAAACAAGAUUCUCAAAAAAAAGGAUGUCUAAAGUUUGCUUUGAACUCUCAUUAAAUUUAAUAGCAACCGAUAUAUUUUGUUGGGUAGGGGGAGAACAGUGAAAACAAAGUUGAAGGACAAGAAGAAAAUGGAAAUAAUGAAGAAAUGUCUCUACAUAGUUCUUGAGAUAGAGAACACACAGAACCUUUGACAGUUUCUUUGUAUGAUAUCUUCUCAUGCAGUGCAAGCUCAUACAAUGUUUAAAGAUAUUCAAUAGCGACAAAGCACUUAAUGGAAGAACUAAAUAAGAUCAGUAAAUAUAUUGAGAGUUGCUAAGACUCACCAUAGCAUCUAUCUUGGUGUGAUCAAACAAUGAAGAGAGGAGACUGCAUCCUUGUGAAAAGAAAGAAAACACAAUACCUGUAACAGUUGUAACUUUUAAAGUCUUAAUUUGCACUUUCAUGAAUUAUAUUGUACAGAAGUUGUAAAAAUAUUCUUUGACAAAGAAAAAUAUAUUUGUAGAAAAACAUGAUAGCAAUAAACACUAAUUUGUGCCAUGCUUCUGAAUGGCACAUUACUAACUUUAAAUACUGGUCUUAAUAUUAACAAAAUUAGGGAUCAUUUUUAUAAAAUAAAGUUUUAUAAGCAUUCUAGUCUUAAAAUUGUAUGCAGCUGAAUUGCUUUGUUUGCCAAAAUUGAAUUUGCCAAAUUACAUUAAAACCACUUGGAUUACAUUAUACAACAUAAAAAUGCUGUUUUAAACUAAGGUUUAUUCUGAGUUCAAACAUUUCCAAAAGAUACUCCAUCUGUAGUCUUCUGUCAUUGUUAUAUCUUAUGCUAAUUUAACAUGUUUUCAUAUUUUAUCUUAAUGUUAUUUCAGAAUCAUGGAGAAAAGGCCAUUUAGAUUUGUAAUUUACAUGUUAAAUUUUUGUAAUAAGGAAAAAAUGGUGCUAGCAAAGAAAUUUGUGAAGUUUUUUUUCCUACAAAGACUGUUUAUAUGUGAGGGAAAUGUCUAUUUCAAAGGUGGAGUGUUAUUUUUUCUAGAUGUGGAGUAUUUAUAACAACUUUUGUACAGCAACCUGUAAUCUAGCUAUGUUUGUGAUACUUAGUCAUUUUACUUCAUUUAUAGCAAAUUCCUAUUCAUUUUUCCUCGAAGUAUGAUGUACUAUCAGUGUUAUUAAAAUCUUUGUGCAAUGUUACAUUUUAUGUUGUUUUCAAAUAUACAGUACUGUCAGGGUGGACUUCAUUCUCUCAGACUUUUAUAAAAUUUAUUCUGGAAUUUAUUUCUGAAUAAAAGUCAAAUCACAUCUGGAUAUUCAA